AUGUGGCGGGUCGACAAGACAGGAGGUUUCUGGGGGCUCGAUGAUGGAGAGGGUGCAGUCAGCGAGGCUCCUGCAGAGGUGCAGGUGGACUCACGCAAGCUGCCAUUGGUGGAAGGUCCAGAUGGCGAGCGGGUUUUCCGAUUCUAUUGGCUGGACGCUUUCGAAGACCCUUACAUUCAACCUGGCGUGGUAUACCUGUUUGGGAAGGUGUGGAUAGAGUCGGCCCAGACUCAUACAAGCUGCUGCGUCUCGAUCAGGAACCUAGAACGCACCAUGUACAUCCUGCCACGUGAAUAUAAAGUAAACCCCAAGACGGGGGAGGUGUCUGAUACGCCCGUUGGAAUGAUGGACAUCUACCAGGAGUUCAGUGAACUUUCUGACAAGUUCAAGAUCAUGAAGUUCAAGUCCAAGAAAGUGGAGAAAAACUAUGCCUUUGAAAUUCCUGACGUGCCCACGCAAAGCGAGUACCUGGAAGUCCGCUAUUCAGCCGAGUUCCCUGCUCUGCCGCCUGACCUUAAGGGGGCAACAUUUUCCCACAUUUUUGGAACCAACACUUCCAGCUUGGAACAGUUCCUCCUCAGUCGGAAGAUAAAAGGGCCGUGCUGGCUGGACGUGAAGACACCACAGCUGCUCAGUCAGGCUGUCAGCUGGUGCAAAGUCGAGGCUCUUGUCCCGAAGAGUGAUCUGGUCACCGUGGUGAAAGACUUGGCACCGCCACCCGUCACGGUGAUGUCUAUCAGCCUCAAGACAGUCCAGAACCCCAAGACUCAUCACAAUGAGAUCGUGUCCCUGGCAGCACUUGUCCACCAUCGCUUCCACAUGGACAAACCUCCUCCUCAGCCGCCUUAUCAAACUCAUUUUUGUGUGGUGACUAAACCUUCUGACUGUAUCUUCCCUUACGAUUUCAAGGAUGCACUGAGAAAGAAGAAUGCUAAAGUGGAGAUAGCCACGACGGAAAGAACUCUACUUGGCUUCUUCCUGGCCAAGAUGCAGAAAAUUGAUCCUGAUGUACUUGUGGGCCAUGACAUUUUUGGCUUUGACCUUGAAGUGCUUCUGCAAAGAAUUAACUACUGCAAAGUUCCGCACUGGUCCAAGAUAGGACGACUCAGGAGGGCUAACAUGCCUAAAUUAGGGGGCCGAGGCGCCUUUGCAGAGAAGAGCGCCACCUGUGGCCGUCUCGUGUGCGACACAGAGAUCUCUGCAAAGGAGUUGAUUCGCUGCAAGAGUUACCAUCUGACUGAGUUGGCCGCGCAGGUGCUGAAGACAGAGCGAGUCACCGUCCCAGAAGAGAGCAUCCGAAAUCUUUACAGUGAUUCUCCUCGUCUGCUCUACCUGCUGGAGCUGACGUGGACCGACGCCAAGCUGAUCCUCCAAAUGAUGUGCGAGCUCAACGUGCUGCCACUCGCCCUGCAGAUCACCAACAUUGCCGGCAACAUCAUGUCUCGUACUCUGAUGGGCGGUCGGGCCGAAAGAAACGAGUACCUGUUACUUCACGCCUUCCAUGACAAGAACUACAUCGUGCCGGACAAACCGUCCUUUAGGAAAAUUCAGAUGGACACGCAUGAAGGAGAUGAUGAUGUCGAUACUGGCAAAGGGAAGCGUAAGAAGAAGGCUGCCUAUGCAGGAGGGCUGGUGCUUGAUCCUAAAGUUGGUUUCUACGACAAGUUUGUGCUGCUGCUCGACUUCAACAGCCUGUAUCCUUCCAUCAUACAAGAGUUUAACAUCUGCUUCACCACCGUGCAACGGGAGGCCUCCAGCAAGCAAAAGAGGAAUCAGGAGGAUGAGCCCGAAGAGAUCCCAGAGAUUCCAGAUAGUGACCUGGAAAUGGGAAUCUUGCCCAAAGAGAUCAGGAAGCUGGUAGAACGACGCAAGAAUGUUAAACAGCUAAUGAAACAACAGGACAUCAACUCGGACCUUUACCUGCAGUAUGACAUCCGUCAGAAGGCGUUGAAGCUAACGGCCAACAGCAUGUACGGCUGCUUGGGAUUUAGCUACAGUCGCUUUUAUGCCAAACCGCUGGCUGCCCUGGUCACCCACAAGGGCAGGGAGAUUCUGAUGCACACCAAAGACAUGGUCCAAAAGAUGAACCUGGAGGUCAUCUAUGGAGAUACCGACUCCAUUAUGAUAAACACCAACAGCCGGUCUAUGGAGGAAGUCUUCAAGCUGGGCAACAAGGUGAAAGCAGAAGUCAACAAGCUGUACAAACUGCUGGAGAUCGACAUUGAUGGCAUAUUCAAGUCACUUCUGCUGCUGAAAAAGAAGAAAUAUGCAGCUCUGGUGGUGGAGCAGCACGGCGAUGGGCGCUACAGCGUCAAGCAGGAGCUCAAAGGCCUGGACAUAGUUCGGCGAGAUUGGUGUGACCUGGCGAAGGAAUGUGGCAACUAUGUGAUUGGCCAGAUCCUGUCAGACCAGAGUCGCGACAUCAUUGUGGAGAACAUACAGAAACACCUGGCGGAAGUGGGAGAGAGGGUCGCCGGCGGGGCGAUACCUUUCCAACAAUAUGAGAUCAACAAGGCACUGACCAAAGAUCCCCAGGACUACCCAGAUAAGAAGAGUCUGCCCCACGUCCACGUGGCUCUGUGGAUCAACUCCCAGGGUGGGCGCAGGGUCAAAGCUGGUGACACGGUCUCUUAUAUCAUCUGCAAGGAUGGCUCCACGUUGGCAGCCACUCAAAGAGCGUACGCUUUAGAGCAACUCCAGAAGCAAGACGGUCUCAGUCUGGACACGCAGUACUAUCUGGCCCAGCAGAUCCACCCGGUGGUGUCCCGCAUCUGCGAACCUAUUGAGGGCAUCGACGGCGUGCUCAUAGCCACGUGGCUGGGUCUGGAUCCCAGUCAGUUCCGGUCUCAUCAGCUGCACCAAAGAGAGGAGGAUGUGGGCGGCGCUCUCGGAGGGCCGAUCCAGCUGACGGACGAGGAGCACUACAAAGACUGCGAGAGGUUCACUUUCACCUGCCCUCAGUGUGGGAAGGAGAACAUUUAUGAAAGCGUGUUUGAAGGGGCCGGAUCAAAGUUGGAACCCAGCUUUUUGCGCUGCUGCCACGUGCCUUGUGGCGGCUGCCCCAUCGACUACGCUUUUAACAUCAGCAACAAACUGCUUCUCGACAUCCGACGCUACAUCAAGAAAUACUACUCUGGCUGGUUGGUUUGUGAGGACCAGGCUUGCCAGAACAGGACCAGGCGCUUGCCCAUUGCCUUCUCCCGCCACGGACCCAUCUGCCCAAGUUGCAGAAAAGCGACACUCCGGCCCGAGUACUCGGAGAAGGCCCUCUACAACCAGAUCUGCUUCUAUAGGUUCAUCUUGGACUGGGACUAUGCGGUGAACAAAUUACUACAGGGAGAAGAGAAAACUCGCGCUGGCUGGUGGACCAAAGAAAAGGAGGUGUACCGGAAGCUGAAAGAAGUGCUGGAGAAAGCGCUCGCCACCAGUGCCUACUCAGAAAUUAACCUGGCCAAACUCUUCCAAGGCUUCACCUCCCUCAAGUAA